AUGAAGCGGCCUACUUUGACAAAUUGCAGAUUAGACCUACUUGAUACCCCGACUGCAGACUGGAGGCUACAUAAUCGGACAGACACAACUAUGGCUGGUGCUCCACCACCUCAAGGACGCUUUUAUGCAGGCAUUCCCCAUUCCUCAGGGCGCUCACCGCCGAAGCAGUGUAUUCGUGUAGAAAAUAGGGUAAGACAACGUGAGGGGGAAGAUACGAUGGCAAGUAGGUAUCGUCGCGUAGACCAUAUCACCUUUGGGUCAAUUCAACAGGAGAUUCACAUGUACCUAGAUUCCGUUGCCACACGCAGUGACAGUUUCAACGGUGGUGGCGUGUCUGCCGUGGACAUGGCUGUUCACGAGACGUUUAACAUUUUGCGUUCCUGUUGGUGUGCACACGGUAACCUGCAAGACAUAUUCGAGCCGGUGCGAAACAUCUCGGUGGUUACCCUGGAACUUCUCCUUUCCUAUGGCCGGCAUAAGCUCACUAAUGAUGGGCAAUACGCUGUGCCACGUGGCGGGGAGGAUGAAUUGCCCUGGAUGGGGUGUGUUCUGGCUGUGUUGGCAUCCUACAUACAGAGCAGGGCGGAUGGCGCUAUUACACAACUUCAUACGUCCCAGCCUCUUAGUACUCAUCACCGCGGUUCUGUACACUUAGUUCCGCAGCACGCGAUGCACAUGAGACAUGACAUCUAUGCAUCCAACGAAAAUACUGGCAGCGGCAUUCUGCAGCACUCCAACACUCCUUUAGAAAAUGAAGAGGAAAGCGAAGGAGGAAUAAGGGUGCCAAAGGACGUCAGAGAAGGCUCUACAAAGACGCCUGAAUUGCUUUUGUCCUCAGCCUCCACUUCACAUCCAUUGCACUUUUCUCAAGCUGGAGUUUCACGGCUUACGUUGUUGAACUGUCACAACUUUGGUUGGCUGGAUGAACUCGGGAACGAGGACUAUGAAUCUAGCAGCCGUUUCCUUCGAAAAGUCGACUCUGCUUUGCAUAAGAUGUUGGGUCCUCUACCCCAAACGAGGCCCACGCGACGAAGCUGUGACGUCGACACCAAUUGUCUAACAUCUUCGGCACUGAGGCGUUCGAGUUGUAACACUGUGUUACUUAGUGACGCUAUCUUGAUGGAUGGCGGUGUGCCCUCACUUACCGUAACACAGCGUUGUAAAGUCUUUUGCGGCCACAAGCAAUACGGUCAAGGGAUAGCGUGUUUGGUGGCGCCUAUACGUUACCAAGGGCGACACCAAGGCAGCUCUUUGGACACUAAUCAUGCCACAGCCGAUGCAUUCCCCACAGGUGCAGCAGAAUCAAGGGAUUACUGUGCUAUAAGUUCCCCUUUGACAUCACCGCAAGUUGUUACUGAUGUCACACAUCUGAUUGGUGCUAGUUCCACACGAGGCAACGAAGAGACUAUCCUGCACCCAAUGGAUAGUUGUGUUCAGGGUACGCUCGCCCAGAAAGUGUGUCCUUAUUAUAAUGCCAAUCCGAGCCCGCCUCAGAUUUCUGUGGUAGACCCGUUCCAGGUUGAAUCGCCAACCUCUGCUUCGUUAUCAACCUCUCUGUCCACUGUCAGCACGAGCUCAUCUUCUGCUGCAGGAUGGAUACAUAGUAAUUAUUGCAAUUUGCAUACAAACCAGCCAUGGCCACCCGUCAGCUGCGGUCACCACACGGGUCCAGGUAUUGUAGCACAAGCUAUCUUGUUGGCCCCUAUGGGGCCCCUUGUACUCCAUAUACAGCUAGAGCGAAUUGCGACCCUGGAGUUGCUUUCAAUUCGUCAAAGCUUUCUUUCGUUGUCCCCGCACGCUUAUCAUAAUGUGUCCAAAACGCAGCAGGAGCCAUCGCCGACACAACCACACCCAGGCCGCCCUUCAGGUGCAGCGACCCACAACUAUGGGUUGGCUUCUUUUAUAUCAACAGAGGCAGCUGAGGAGCCUGUGCUCUAUGAUCUUGCAGAGUGGUUACUCUAUCUCUUUCAGUCUCCCCAGCCGCUUCUAAUUGUCGAGUGGCAUCUUGAUAAGCAACGGCGUGACGACAACAACAACAACAAAAAUGUGUCUGGACCAGAACCGCCUUCCGCCGUGCUCCAACUCCUGGAGGCUUAUGCGAACCGUAUGUCAUCUGUUUCGCCAUUUGGUCAUGUCGAACUACGUGAUACAGUCCAUGCGACAUGUCGCAGCAUCAGGCCCUGCGUUACGGGCACCAAGUUUGAUGGAAAAAAUCGCCCACUCAUAUUUAUGAGAGAGCUGAAGGCUGUUGUAGAGAUGGAGCAUUACAUUGAUGAGGGGGCCCUGAUUACAUCGCUGCAGUACUGCUAG